GGGUGGGUUGGGCGUUGUGGUGUUGGAUGGCGGGCGGGGGUUGUGAGGUAUAUAAGAGCAGGUGUGCCCUGUCUGCUACAGACUACACAGGUACCAGCAGCAGCAACACCUACUGUACCUUACCUAACACACUCACGAUGAAGAACCUAGCACUCAUGGUGGUGUUGGCGUGUACAGCAGCAGCUGCAGCAGCCGUGCCGAGACUCCGGCGAGACUCGACCUCUUUGGUCCUGGAGCUGCCGUCCAAUGCCUCGCUGAUCCUGGGCUCCGUACAGACUGGCUUCGAGUGCGCUGAUCUACCUUACGGUUACUACGCUGAUGAGGCCAACAACUGUGCUGUCUUCCACGUGUGUCUGCCACUCAUCAACUUCGGUGAGGUCCAGAUACGUCACUUCUCCUUCUUCUGUGGUGAAGGAACCAUCUUCGACCAGCAGCGUCUGGUGUGUGCUUUGCCCCAGGAAGCUGUGCCCUGCUCACAGGCAGCCGCCUACAGGAAGUCCAAUGAAUAUUUCGGUCCCCUUUUGACGUAA